UAAUACUAUGUCGCGUAUUAAUUAUCCUAUAGAAUUGAGCAAAAUUGAUGAAAAUCAACAUAUGAUGGUUAUGAAUGAUUCACGUAAAGAUGAACAUCAAGCUGUUUUCUUCAAAACCAGGAUAGAAAGUGAAUCAAGUGAUGAUAAUAUAAAAAUAAACAUUAAAGGCAGGAGAUUCAUUUAA